AUGCUCUUGUCGUUGGAGAGCGCUCUUCAGAUCGAGCAUGAGGCCCUUGUUCUGCAGCUUCUCGAGGUUUUGAAGCCGGGCCUCCACCGCGCCGAGGGUGAUAUUGGCCUCGCCGAGCUUCCGAAGGUUCUCAACGGCUUGACCGAUUUGAACAUGGCCGGAAACACUACCGCGUUUCCUGAUAAAGCGAAGCCUUCAAAAAGUAUAACAACGUCCGCUAAAUCGACGAGUACAGUUGUUGAGGAACCCAUGUCUAACCUAUCACAGCCAUCAUCAACAUCAAAAUAUUCGGAAUCAGAAGAAAAAUCUGAUAUUGAUUACGACGCCGAUGAUUGCGCAAAUAGGACGAAGACGAUACUGCAAAAUACUUUAAAGGAGGCUUUUUCGCGAGUUUCGUCCAAUAAAGAUAUUUGGACGGAAACGAUGAACGAACGAGGUUUUUUAGGUGUGACAGCACAUUUUCUACAAAACGAAGAAAUGUGUAUGUUUUACCUAGCCACUCGUGCGCUAAACGAAAGACAUACAGCUGAAUAUAUAUCGGAAACACUUCUGGAUAUUCUUGAUAAUUGGAAUAUAUCACAAAGUAAAAUUUGUGCCGUGGUGACAGAUAAUGCCAGUUCUAUGUUAGCAGCCAUAAGAACAUCUAUUGGUGAAAAGAAGCAUUUGCCGUGUUUUGCGCAUACGAUAAAUCUCGUUGUUGGAGAGACUUUAAAAUUACCUAGCGUUAAAACAGCUAUAUUUAAAGUUCGAGAAAUUGUGCAUUGGAUAAAAAAUAGUGUUGUGCAGCCAGACAAAUUAAAAAAAAUUCAAAUGCAAAACAAUAUUCCUGAAGGUUCAAUUUUGAAACUUGUUGCUGAUGUUAAAACAAGAUGGAAUUCGGCCUUUUUCAUGUUGGAGCGCUUCUUACAUUUGAGAAGAGUGAUAUCUGAAAUCGUAAUCGAAAGUGUUUCAGCACCCGACAUGCCAACUGCUGUAGAGAUGGAAACACUCAACCAACUUACAGCUUUAUUAAAGCCUUUUGAAUACGUCACAAGAGAAGCAUCUGGACAAAAGUAUGUCACGAUAUCCAAAAUUAUACCAAUGAUUAAUUGUUUGUCAACCAAACUUAAUAGUAUCACACCAGUCUUACCAAUUGUAAAAGAAUGCAAGGAAGUUUUAUUGAGAGAGCUGACGAAAAGGUAUGGAUUAAUUGAAUGCAAUGACCAUGCAGCCAUUGCUACUUUAUUGGAUCCAAGGUUUAAAAACCUGCAUUUUCAAGAUCCAGCAGCAUGCGGGCAAGCUAUACAAAAACUCAAAAGUAUGAUUUAUGAGCAACAAAGUAGUCCAAGUUCGGAGGAAGAUGCUUCGUCUAGUGUAACACAGGAAUAUGACUUUUGGAAAUAUCAUAAAGAGCUAGUGCAUGGUCACAAAAAGAAAUAG